GACUCUUCGCUUUAUAUUUCUCUUCAUAAUAAUCUUUGCAAUGCGCCCUGCUCAACAUAAAUAUCCAUGUCGACCAAAAUUGAUCCCUCAAAUUCAAACAUGAUGCUCUCUCCCAAAAUUGCCAGUAUACCCGUCAAAGUGGACUACUCCUUGCUUGCCAUGGAUCUCUGUCAAGUGACUCGUCAUUUCGUACUCGUCGGCGUCGAGGACAAGACCGACCGUGACUUGCCGACAGUGGAAAAGCUUGACAGACCCAGGGCUUGCGACAUUCGGUUUGCGACACUGCCCAACUCUGGCCAGCAGAGACACGGAGGAUGGUCUUUUCUCGAGUUUCCUUUGGAGCCCCGUGAAAAAAUUCGGACGUUCAGAUUGGAUGAGACGAAUGGAUUGUUAGCUGUCAUUACUUGGUUCGACGAACCUGUGUCCAAGGAAGGGACCUUGCGAAUGCGUCUUAGAAUAGUGCGAUUUCCGAAGCUGGUACUCAUGCCGGGCGCUGCGACCCAAGAGUUUCCUUUCGAAAUAGCAGCCCGUAACGAUGAAGCUUCGCCUGUUGCCUGGAUUGAUAUCCAUAACAAUCUUAUUGGUAUUCGCGUUCACGAACUAGAGGAGUCGACCCUUCGCGUAUAUGAUUGGAAGACGGGCGUGUGCAGAUUGGAAGACCGGUGCCCCCGAGGCUCCCAAGGAACCACGUUCGUCUUUCUUCGGGAAGACACCAUUGCCGUUGCUUGUCGCAACAGCGCGGCGGUGAACAUUCUAACACUCCCGCCGAGUAGCUCCGCCACCACGACCCGGCCCUACCCAAAGCUUACUGCAGCCAUCCGGACACUUAAGAUAUCGACGGACCUCCUACCGCCUAUAAGUCAAAACAGCGUUUAUACCGCAUACCCUCAGCGCCUUCCUCCUCCUCCAGAAGGGGAGCCAGACAUCAUUUUCCCUUCCGUCAACUGUUUCUCUUCCAUCGACUCUAAUAUCGUUGUUGUCAGCGUUGUCGCGUUCGGACGGUCUACCGAUAUCGCCAUCCACCGCGAAACCUUGCGUUCCUUCUCUGCUUCCGCUCCGCCGAUGUUCCCGAACGUGUCUGUUGGGCAGUAUAUCGGAGACAUGGGCGGUGUGGGUCGCGUGAUUAUCCCAUGGGAGGAGUGGGGCGAGGGUAAGGUUGAGGUGUUUACUGGAUUCUCGGGCGAGUCGAUGGUGGAUGGAUCUUGGUAUGCCACACUGUCGAAAGACCGUCGCUUGAGGAUCCACGACUUUGGUAGCUGGUGGGGUGCGGGACCGCAGCCUACUGGUAGCGGAGGCAAGAUAAUCCUUGAUGGAUCUGUCGGUUAUAAUGAAGCUAUUGUACAAUUUAGGGAGAAUCGUGUGUUGGGUAUGGUGACAAAUAGCUAUGACGACGAUGACUGCUUCUCAUCGAUCGAUGUAUUCCAAGUGAGAGAUUUGAAAGAGAAAGAGAAUAGGUAUGGUAUCUCACAAACUUCCUACAGUUUAUUGAUGCUGCUGUCCAGAAGCAACCCUACUAAUCGCGAUAAUAUCACAUCAAGGGAAUCCAAGAUAGCAACUACAAGUUAGGAUACAUCAUAAUUCACAUUAUUUGACUUCUUUUCCGUCACCGCUAUCCUAUUAGAUUCCAAGGUUCGGCUUGUACUUGGCCGACUGCUCCUCAGGCUCGUUGAAGACAUUGACGUUCCAGUUGGGUUUAGAAUAGGCGUAGGGAAUGUUGAACCUAUGCGUCAGGUCAAGAGCGUGUUAACGUGGUCAGAGCGAAAAGCAAACCUUGUGUACUCCUUCGCACCAAGACUCGAAAUCUUUUCGUAGUCCUCCUUACUGAGUUCCACCUGCUUGAAGUUGGAGACCAACCGUUCCUGUUGUACACUCUUGGGAAUGACCGAGUAUCCUCGGUACGCGCCCCACGCGAUCAAAACU